AAACCCAGACAGACACCAACGAAAACAGCCGCCAAAGUUGCCAAAAGGACACCAGGUCAAUGUUGUCUGUUUCAUUUAUUGCAUAUUGAAUAAUGAAUUGUAUAGUGGUAUAUAUUAAAAAGUACUGUAUAUUUGAUAAUAACAUUUGGUGGUGUACAUUGGACAGUAUUCUUUAUUACCUAAUGCUAUAUAGUGGUGGAUGUUGGACCACAUUGUAUCUAAAUAAUGUAUAUUGCAUAGCGCACAUAUUGAACCAUAUUGGAGAAGGUGUAUAGUUAGACAAAAAUCACAGCAGUUUCUCGAAUCCAAAGGCAGACAAACAGGAGGCUGGAAGAACACAGCAGACCAGGCAGCAUCUGGAGGAAAAGAGCAGGCAAUGUUUCAGGUAUUACCCUUCUUCAGGACUUUUGUUUCAUAGUAUGGUCGAGGAGCUGAAGGGCUGAAGAGGUCACAGCAGCGGGGCUCACUGAGCUCACGUCUGAGGGAAGCAGAGAACUUCUUCAAAGUGGGCAUCCUUUGAAGAGACUUCACAGUGGUAAAACUUGGUUAGAGACAAAAAAAAUCUGCAGAUUCUGGAAUCGAAGGCAGACAGAUAGGAGGCUGGAAGAACAUUACGCCGGGUGGUAUCUGGAAGAAAGGAACAGUCAACGUUUCAAGGUGUAUUGUGGUGAAAUGCUGUGGUUUGUAUUUGGCUUGCAGAGGGGGAUGGGCGCAUUAACAAGCGGGCUGCCGGCGCCUGCGCACUGCCCGCUCCCUGUAUCGCGCUAAGAUGGCGGCGUCCUCCCUGGAGCAGAAGCUGUCGCGCCUAGAAGCCAAGCUAAAACAGGAGAACCGGGAAGCGCGGCGACGUAUCGACCUGUCACUCGACAUGAGCUCGCCUUCCAGCCCGAGGAGACCCAGACCCAUUAUAGUGAUCACUCUAAGCCCUGCUCCUGCCCCAUCCCAACGAGCAGCUCUUCAGCUUCCUUUAGCAAAUGAUGCUGGUAGCCGAUCAUCCUCAUCAGAAACCUCACCACAGCAUCACCCACCCCCAUCGCGCCCUAGGCACAUGCUCAGCCUCCCUCAGCCUCAGUACCUGCUGCAGAAGAGCAUGGAGAGUAUAGAGAUUGAGCAAAAGCUGCAGGAGAUUAUGAAACAGACUGGGUAUCUGACGAUAGGCGGACAGAGAUAUCAAGCUGAAAUCAGUGACCUGGAAAACUUGGGCGAGAUUGGCAGUGGCACAUGUGGGCAGGUCUGGAAAAUGAGGUUCAAGAAAUCAGGACACAUAAUUGCUGUGAAGCAAAUGCGUCGCUCAGGUAAUAAGGAAGAAAACAAACGGAUCCUCAUGGACUUGGAUGUGGUGCUGAAAAGUCAUGACUGCCCUUACAUUGUGCAGUGUUACGGGACCUUCAUUACCAAUACUGAUGUGUUCAUUGCCAUGGAACUGAUGGGCACUUGUGCUGAGAAGCUGAAGAAACGGAUUCAGGGGCCUAUUCCAGAAAGGAUUCUUGGCAAAAUGACAGUCGCAAUUGUCAAAGCUCUCUUCUACCUGAAGGAAAAGCAUGGUGUCAUUCACAGAGAUGUCAAACCCUCAAAUAUUCUCCUGGAUGAGCGGGGUCAAAUCAAACUCUGUGACUUUGGGAUUAGUGGAAGACUGGUAGACUCCAAAGCGAAGACGAGGAGCGCUGGAUGCGCAGCGUAUAUGGCGGAACACAAUUUCAUUAAACGUUAUGAGACAUUAGAAGUGGACGUGGCUUCGUGGUUUAAAGAAGUCAUGGCAAAGACUGAAUCCCCACGAACAAGCAGCAUCCUCAGCCAGCAGCACCUCCCCAUCUUCUCCAGGUAGCCAGCAGAGCAGCAAAUGGACAUGCAGGGGACAGGAGAGGGAAUUGGAAUCGGCAAGUCACCGCCAGCACCCAUGCCAUCAAGUCAAGGCUCCUGAGACCAAGGAAUUGUACUUAGCCUAUCUAUGGUCUUUCUGUCUAGUGUUGUGAUCUUUUCAAUUGACUGAGGAGUGUGGGCUGUUGUGCUUUGAAGAGCAAAUAAGGAAAGGUGUCACGUGCCACAUCUUGAACUGAGGUUUUGUCUCAUUGCUACUGUGAAAAGCUGACAUGCUGCCGUUAACUUCUGCCCUUCCCCUUUAACCUCUCCUCACAGAAUACAUGGUCAUUGCACGCUGCAGAGGAAUUGCAACUUUAUAUAGUGUUUAAAUAUUACCGGGUUAUGCACUGUGAUCAAGGAAAGCAAAGGAUUUUACCUAAUUUAUUAAAUCUGAAAGUUGAAAGUGUAGCUGAUGUGAACUCUCGAUGUAUUAGUGUGCAGGCACCUGUGUUAUUAUGAUAGUUUAGUGUGUUUCAAACGCAUGAGAAACUGCUGCUUAAUUUUAUUUCAAACAAUGACAAGGGUUCAUAUCUGAGAGGCUUGCAGAAUUGCUCUUCGCAGUGAAAGUCUGCCAGAAUAUACCAAACCAUUUUGCUUGGGUAUUUUUUUUCUUCUUGUUUGUUUUGAUGCAGUGUGAGAUGAUGCACGCCCGAUGCCAAUACUGGGGUUCACCAAUACUGGGUGAUAAAUGUCAGACUAUGAAACAUUUCGGAAACAGCAUCCAUGGGCAACUGAAGAGAUUGGGUAAACUGUCAGCGCUGCUGCAGUCUCAAAUCGCAUGUGUGCUGGCAAUUUAUAUAUUUUUUUCAGACUCUGCAUAGUUAUUGCUGUACGUACGGGUGCCAGUGUAAUUUGGGUAUUAUGCCAGUGACGCAGUUGCCACUGGUUUUCCUCAUGGUUGAUAAAUGCAACCCAUUGUCAAGCUUAAUUGGUGAUUUGUUUUUUAAACCUGGGAGCAAAUGGGGGAAUGAUUGUGAAUCCUGACAAACCUCUGUGAUUUCUCUGCACUUGCCUCUAAUAUAUUCACUGCCAGGAUGCACUACAGCUGAUUAUUUCAGUUUCCUUUUGGUUCCUAACUAUUACAGUUGUAUAGAACUUUUUAGUUAGGCCACAUUUGGAAUAUUGUGUACAGUUCUGGUCGCCACUCUACAAGAAGGAUGUGGGGGGCAUUGGAGAGAGUACAGAAAUGGGGUGUUGUCUGGUUUGGAGAGUAUUAGCUAUGAGGAGAGAUUGAACAAACUUGGCUUGUGUUCACUUGAACGUUGAAGGAUGAGGAACAACCUAAUGGAAGUUUAGAAAACUAUGAGAGGCAUGCAGGGAAUGGAUACUUGGAGUCUCUUUCCCAGGGAAGAAAUGUCAAUUUUUAGGGGGCAUAGUUUUAAGUUAAAAGGGGGUAAGUUUCAAGGAGAUGAGAGAGGCAGGCUUUUUUACACGGGAUGUUAAGUGCCUGGAAUGCAUUGCCAGAGGUGGUGAUGGAGGCAGUUACAAUAGCAACGCUUAAGAGGCAUCUGACAAAUAUAUGAAUAGGCAGGGAAUAGACGGAUAUGGACCACAUAGAGACAAAAGGUUUUUAGUUUAGAAAGACAUGUGUCAGUGCAGUCUUGGUAGGCCGAAGGCCUGUAUCUUCUGUCUUUGUUUUUGACACCAGCUUAGGUGGUGGUUUGCUGUUUGAAAAGUUGCAGCUGUCAAUGAAAAGCUUUACAAAGCUGUCAGACCAGGUCCUGUCAGCAGCCUUCUAUUUGUUGCCUGGUUUGGUUAGAAACCCCUGUAGGCUAAUGAGCUGUCAUCUCAUUUUUAAUUUUCUUCAGUCAGUUUUGAAACAAGCUGAAACACAAGUUGGCGUAUGGCAAUAAGGGUUUGUGCUUAUCUCACACAGUUUAUAUCUGGGAUUGGUCUGUUCCUUUGAGGUCUAAUACAGGGAGAAUAAAGCAUACUACACAGUUGAAUUCAGCUAGCAUUGUUAUUGUGUUUUGCGACUUCGAUAUUCUGGCAUUAAAUUGCCUGUUCCUUGGGCCAUUCUGGCACAUUGAAAUCAAGUUAUGAUACUGAAGUACUGAUUAUGAACUAGUUUCAGUUGGUUGCAAUAUCAAACCAAUUAAAUCACUUAUCUUAAUCUUUAACAUUGAAAUUGUCCAAAUUGCAAGUUGUGACUUUGAAGAUUUAUGUAAAAUCAUGUCAGUUGGGUUUUUUUUUAUUAUUUCGCUCUGACUUUAUCCUUUCCCAAAAUGGCCUUGACACAUCAGGAUUAAAUCGUGGAGCUGGCCUGAGCACCCAAGAUUUCCCAGUCACAUUUGUGCUGGGCUAGUAUUCCCAGUGCAAUCCUAUAGAAUAUUUCUAUUAAUUAAAUUGACCCAGCAUUAUCAGUUCUGAAUCAGUCUGUAUUGUACACUGGUUCAUUGUGAACAGAGCCACACUGUAUUAACAUUCAGUCCCCGGCACACUUUUGUGGCAUUUUCAGGUCCAAUCUUUAGUCUGCUUUUGAGCAAGUAGGUUGCUUCACCAAAUAAUAUGAUAAUUUUUGUUUAUGUGCAAAUAUUUUAGGAGAAGAAAAUUAAAGACUAUAACAUUGGAACAAUGUCUGCUUACCCCGGUGCCUUGUAACUGGAACAUGUAAUUCCUCUUUCAACACCCAGCCCCCUCCCUUCACCGUACCUAGAUUUGGGGAAGCUGAAAAGUUGAACUUCAAUUUCAUCCUGACUGUAAUUUGGACGAGCAAGAACCUGUGUAUUUCAUUUAUUGAUGGGAGUUAGUGUUUGUUGGGGUUGUGGAUUUGGUUAGGCCACAGAAAGAGGGCUGAGGGAAAGCAGUAAAUAACAGAGAGAACAGGACAUGAAUUUGAAUGGGUUGUUCAAAUGUGAAGAGUGGUGACAGUGACUGUUUGUGAUGAUGGUAUCUUUUGGAAGUCACUAUUCUAUGGGCUACGCAAACAGCGUGUCUAUUUAUCCUCUCUCUAGAUUACCGGUAUGGGUUAUGUUGCAAAGUAGGAUGAAGAAGAGACCCUACAAAUGCUUUUACCAAAUUCAAUUUAUUCCUGGGAGCAGAUAAGAGCAAGGAAUAAAUUUAAGCAUGAUUAAGGGGUGGCACAGUGGCUCAGUGGCUAGCACUACUGCCUCACAGCACCAGAACCCGGGUCCCAUUCCAGCUUUGAGUAACUGUCUGUGUGGAGUUUGCACAUUCUCCCGGUAUCUGUGUGGGUUUCCUCCGGAUGAUCUGGUUUUCUCCCACAGUCCAAAGAUAGUGGUUUGGCCAUGCUAAGUUGCCCAUAGUGUUCAGGGAUGUACAGCCUAGUUGAAUUAGCCAUGAUAAAUGCAGGGUUAUAGGGAUAGGAUGGGGGUGGGGCAAUGUAGAUCUGGGUGGGCUGCUCUUCGGAGGGUCUUUGUGGACUUAAUGGGCUGAAUGGCCUGCUUCCGCACAGUACGGAUUCUAUGAUAUCUGCUUUUUCCUGCUGUGCUGUUUUUUGUUCUUUGCACGUUCAUAAGAAAUGCUUCUUAGGUCAACUUUCAGAUACAAUGUGUGGAGUUUACCAAACAAUGAAGUCCAUUUGGUGGUUUCAAAUAUACAGCAAAUUUAUUGGCGUGGAAACUGGAGAUCAGAUGUUAAGAAUUGAGAUUGAUUAUGGUCAGAAUACCUUAAGCAAUUGGCUAGACAGGAUAGUUGUGGGAGGGUAUUUUUCUGACUGGAGGUCUGUGUGCAUUGGUGUCCCACAAGGAUCAGUGCUGGGAUCUCUGUUUUUUGUAAUGUAUAUGAAAAUGUAGGUGAUCUGAAUAGUAAGUUUACUGGUGACACCAAAAUUGAUGGAAUUGUGGAUAGUGAAGAAGAUUAUCUAAGGAUACAGCAGGAUAUGGAUCAGUUGGAAAGUUGGACAGAGAAAUGGCAGAUCAAGUAUAAAUUGGACAUCUGUGAGAUGAUGCAUUUUGGAAGGUCAAAAGCAGAAGUCAUGUGAUGUGACCAAGCACAGAGUGAAAUGCAUUGCCUAUGCAGCUCCCAUUGCUAGCAUGUCCAACCAAUUCAUUACUUCUGCAUUAGUCUUCUGGAAUACAGGAACUUCGGAUGACACCUGUUAGCAACUUGCAUCACUGUCUCUACAAACCCUCUGAUGUGCUUUAUCCACACAGUUUGCUUUUCAUAAUUUUUUUUCCUCGCUCUGAGUUGAGAAUUCAGUCAGAAGUUGCAUAAGUGCCCUGAUGUACACCUGAGUUGUAACAAAUGACCUGUGUAACUGUGUUGGACAACUGGUACACAGAGCUCCCUCCUCCAUGAUUUGGGAUAUGCAAUUUGAUUGACAAGGCAAGCUAGGUUAUGUGGGGUAGACGGGAAAGGGAGUUGAGAUCAUGACCUUAUUGAUCAGUGGAGCAGACUAGAAGGAUCAAAUGGCCAAUUCCUGCCCCCAAUUUUGUGCUCUGACUUGUGUUGUGAUUCAAGUUUUUUAGAAACAUGAAGCCUUUAAAUGUUUCAGUGAAUGUAGGGUUAACGUUCAUACUUGUUUAUUGAACUCUGCCUGUUGAAACAGAGAAAGGACGUGAACAGUAGAGUAGAGACACAACUUUUUGGACCAACUGAUCUGUAGGUUCAAUGUAAAAGGAUAAACAUUUAGCAACUGCUGCUGUAGUUAAGCCUCUGUGUGAGAACAUGGUUAUAAUGUUGGAUUGCUCAAGUAAAGGUUCAGUUGGAUUCACACCAAGGUUAUGCAGUCUGUGUUUUCCUUUAGACCGUAAUAGUUACAAAGUGCCGCAGUUUGAAAUAUAAGGGAAAAGGUAUGUGAGAAAGUACGGGUAAGUGGGAAGGUACGAGAGCAGAGAAAAAUGUAUUGAAGAGGGUAACAAGACGAAAUGUAGUGGCAAUGUAAUUUUUAUUGAUAUUUCUGUCUUCUCUUCACAUUAACUUGCACAGGGCAGUCUUGAACUAAAAGUCUGUUUUCAAAAAUUCAGCUUCCCCCACCCACCCCACCCACCCCACUUUUGCUCCAUAAAUCCACAGUUAUAAUACAUUGGUAAGAUUUGUUUGAUAAAGGGAUGUCAGUUCAAAUGCAUAAGAGUGAUGGAAACUCAUUUGCCCAUGGAGUACACUUCAGCCACCCUUCCAUCCCCCUCUUCAGUAUCAUUGUUUAUUUUCCUGCUUCAAACCCUCCCUCAUGAAUAGGAGAUGACAGUGAAUAUUUCCAGCACGUAAAGUCUGCAGAUGAUAAGCCACUUUUUCAUUCUGCGUUAAUCCUGAGGAAGGCUCCUGUUGUUCAAGGUGUUUUGCAAUAAAUGAUCUAUGCAGGGCAACUGAAAGGAGUUUAUAAUUUAGGCCUAAUAAGAUAAGCCGUUUAAAAGAAAAACCAAAGAGAAAAUAAUUACUGAAUAGAAGCUUUGAUCUUACUGGGAGUUAUAUUGCUUUAAAAUAGCAGGUUACCUUCUAUAAAUGAUUGUAUGGGUGAAUCUGCAUCAUAUAACAUUGGUUAUUUGACUGGUGUUCUCUGCCAUUUAUAUAUAUAUAUAAAGGGAACUAUGACCAACUAGAAAAUCAGAGAAUUUUACUGUCACAGAGAUGCUGCAAAGCUUUGAUGUUGAUUUGAAAAAGUACUUUGUGUAUUAGUGCACAUAUAUGUACGCAAUGCACUUGUAUAUUUAGUGUGCAGAUGCAUGUUUAUGCACUGCAGUGCAACUUCACAGGCUAAGAAGGUAAUGCUUACAAUUUGUUUCUGACUGCUAACAUCUUACGCUGGCCUCAUGUAAUGGCGACAGCAUUGGGGAGCUGUUUGAGUGUGGAGGACGGGUUCUCAGGUGAAGCAGUCUGCUAAUGUUUCACUUUAAUUUGGAAUCUUCAGUAACGAAUGUGUUUUUCAGAGACUGCGAACCCUACCACUGCCGCCUUUCAAAUUGGUGAAGACAGAUGUGCAUGUUCAUGAUUCUGGUGGAUAUUGCAACCACAAUGUUUACAUCAAGUCUACUAUGAGGGAGUGAAACCAGGUCAUUGCAGAAUUUAGACAUUUUGUCCAUUAGAACAAAAUCAUAAUGGGGAGUAGAAAUUUGGAAGUUUUCCUGCAAAAGGCUGAACACUGAAGGUCGUUGGAACUUUCAGGACUGAAAUCAAAGGAGUUUUGUUAGGUGAGGGAUAUGGAGCAAAAACUGAACUAAGUUGCAGGUCAGUCAAAGUCUCAAUUAAAUGACAGAAUAGAGCUCAGGUGUUGAAUGGCCUCAUUUUGUUUCCCAUGUCUCUAUUUCCCUUUGCUCAGUAGUCUGUAGGAUAAAGUGGAGGGAUUCAACUUACCCCUGAAUUAGGUGGUGAAGCUCUCUAAAUUAACACUAUACUUAGGCUGUUUGGUCCUUAUUCAAAAACACUAUUUUGCCCACCUGAAGACAACAUGGAUUGGAAUGGACUGUAAUGGAGGGGUGGGGAAAGGCAGCAAAGGUGGGAAACAAGGAGAGAGGUAUUGGGCUACUCUGCUGAGAAUUCACCCCUGAAUUCAAAAAACAUGUUCUGAUAAAGCUUUUAGUCCCACAAUCUUAAAAACCACUGAGCAGUGUAAUGUGAAAUCAGAACAGUGCGGGACACAUUUCUUGCCAGUUUGACUUAGCUUUCCACAAGUUAAUGUUUUUUUAGGCCCCUUUCUGCUGGAGUGCACAUCUGUGUGAACAGUUGUUGACUGCACAGCUUGUUAGUAGACAUUUGCCUUUAUUUAACUGUGUGAGCAUAUACGCUGUCUCAAACACACACACAUGCAUGCACAUAUAGUGCCUUGAUUUAAUGUGUGUGUAGUUCUCAGAGCCAGUUUCUCCACUCCUCCCAAACACAUGCCAGUGGACUUGGUGUGCAGCCCGCAUCUAGGGGCCCCAGUACAAAGCCCAGGCGACAAUAAUAAGAAAUGAAUCAAUCAAAGUCGUUCAAUCUUUUGGUUGGUUGGAUGUCCUCAAAAACAAAAAAAAAUGCAGUUUUAUUGCAUUUUUAUUUUUUUAUGCUUUAAUUUAGAAUAAAUUUUUUAUUAUAAUCUCUGCAGUUAACUUCUGACUGCAAAGUCCACACCAUUGGCUUAUACAUUGCAUGCAUAUCACACAGAGACAGCCAAAGUGAUCAUUACAUAGAAUAGAUUGGCCAGAGAAAUAGGAUAUAGAUAUUCACAGUAUAUCGAUUGCAUGAUAGUUUUUAGGGCUUAUUAUGGUAUGUGUUAUGUUGGGAAAAGUCCAGUAUUUCUCUUGUUGCUAGUAGUGAGAUCACUGCAGGGUGUUUAGUAGGUUUUUAUGGUAUAGGCCAAUCUCAUUUUACAUGUCAGGCAGUAGAGAUAUUCAUUUGUAAAAUACCGGGUAUAAAUAAGAAUUUUUCCUUUCUGUAUUAUUGAAACUGUGUUUGUUAGACUCCAUGUUGGAAUGUCACGAUACAGUGCCAGAGUGAUCAGGCUGACUAUCGAGUUGAUUAGAUCCUAGAUUUGGGGCAAUAAAGUUUAUAUUUUCAUGGGGUUGCCCAGCCUUACUACUUUUUAAUAGAUGGAUUAGAUAAGUGCAGCAGCUUUGAUGUUGGGAGGGGUAAAGUGAACAUGCACAGUGCUGUCCAUAUUGUCCACAGUAUCACCAGGGUGCUGGCCAAUGACAGUGGAUUAGCACAGCUUAAUGCUGCACUUGGUGACCAGAAUGCUGUCUCUCACCUCAAAUGCCUUGGUUUACAUCCACUCCCUACUUCCUCGUUUUUACUCCAAACCCCAUUUCAUCAACCUUCUUGCCAAGCCCCUCAACUCUCUCUUGUCUCUCUCUCUGUCGUUUGCGCUUUCCCUCUGUCUCAAGUGAUUAUGCCUAGACAUCAUUCAAAUUGUUCUGGUUCACUCAAGACAGCAGUUGUCAUGAGGUCGCCCACAUACACAAGGUUUCUCUCACCACUAAUCUCCAGAUUUAAUGCCUACUUUACUGACCAGCAAAUACCCUGAUGUUUACUCUUGGCAAUAAUCGAUAGUCGCUGACGAUUUGGCCAGGGAAUGGGGCUGUUGGGGAGAGGAUGAACUCAUUCCCAAUGUCAUAUGUUGUAGUGGAGCCUGAUCACUGUAGCCACCUAGAGUGACAACCAGUUGUAUUCAGCACUAGCUGAAUAAAGUGAAGCUGUUACACAUGGAUGUAAACAAACUUGAAUGGUAGGAAAUUGCUUAUUAUGUGGCUCUUGCAUGAAUAAUGUUUUAUUUAAAAAAAACUUAAAAAGCUAUAAUAGAUCAUUUCUAUUUAUUUCGUGUUUCAUGUGAGUAGUACAGUGAAUGCGUGAGUGGAUUCUAUCCCAUUGUAUUUUAUGACAUUAUGUUGUGAAGAUCUCAGGACUUUGAGAAGAGCUCGUUCUGACAUUGGCUGUACAGAUUCUUCCUUUGUAAUACAGACCCCACAUGUUUUCCACUCCUUGGUUUCACGUGUGCAGAGUUUAAUUCUCCCUGAUGCCUCAGCCAGUGAGAUAUAAAACUCAUCAGAGUCUUUAGGCUUAGUUCAGCAAGGAAAGAGAUUGAAUUGCACUAGACCUCUGUGUUUCCUUGUAUCCUGUCUCCUCUUCAAAUAAAAGCAAAAUAGAGCAGAUACUGAAAAUCUAAAACAAAGACAGAGAAUGCUGGAGAAACUCAGUAGGUCUAGCAGUGUCCCUGGAAAGUGAAACCAAGUGAACGUUUUGAGUCCAGUAUGACACUUUUUCAGUUGUUAUUAAUGAUUUUCUAAAGGCAUUCUCUAUUCACCACUGCCUCCCCCACCCCAUUCCUCAUUUGAGGCCAGCAAGAAAAGGAAAAUGUCCCAAAGUGACACCUAUGGUGGGAGGAGGCUGACCUUGAGCUCAGGUAUUUGGCCUCUCCACAUUUAACUUCCCUCUAAAUUGUGACAUUGCUCAAGAAUAAAAUGAGGCAUUAAAACAGUAAAGUCCCCUCUGUGAGCAGAGCUCAGUUCCAGCUGCUAAUCUGUUUUUGCUAAACUAAGAUUAAGGAAAGAUAUUGGGUCUGUUUUUACUUCUUGGGAAUGUAUGCACAUUGAAUCUAAAAGUCAGAAUUGUGUGUUUCCGUGUUUUAUGUAUACAUUUAUUGCGUUAUAUUUUUCCUUUUGGACAUUUUGAGUUGAAAUCAUUAGCAAAGAUAGACUUGCUCUUAUGUGACACCUGGUCACAGUGUGUCACAAGGUGUGGCACCUGGUCACUGUGAGUGCUCGCUUCCAAAACAUCCUGUUGGAGUGAUCGCCUUUUGAUCAGGAAUAUAAUUAACCAUUGAGUAGCAGAGCUGUAUGUUAGAAAGCAUUUGGUUUUGAUUCAUUGUAGCUGAGGGGUAGUGGGGAAAUGCUACAAUUAUUAUCAGUGUCCCAAGGGUCAUAGUGGAUUUGGAGAGGGUGUAUGAGCACAUGGAGGGAAAAAAUGGAACUCCUCCUCCUUAUUUCUAUCCAGCACCCUAUAUUGGAUAUAUGUGUGUGUGUGUUUGGUGAAGAAAGAUGAUCAUGUUUGCAAUUAAUUGACUGCUCUAUAGACAAUCAAUGGUUAGUUUCACUGACACUUAAUCGCAUACACACAGACAAUCACAUUGGCACACAUGCACACACAUACAUUUGCACACAUGCAUGGAUAAACCGAUACCUUCAUAUUCUCUCUCUUUCAUGCAUGUGUGCGCACACUCUCUCAUUCUCUCACAAGCAGACUCACCCAAGUGGACAUAUAAUGACUCUGGCAUGAGGCUACAGGAUGUUGGGCUCCCCGGGAGUCAUACCUAUUGAGGAGGGUGGGAUAUGGUGAAAAGAUUCACAAGUAUUGUAUGAAGAAUUGGAGUUUAGGUAUUUUUAAUCAACCUAUUAAGAUGUACAUUGACCCAUCCCUAGAACAGUGAGACUUGAAGCCAGGCCAUACAGAUCAGAGGUAGGGACUUAACCACUGUGCCACAAAACCCAGAAUUAGAGUUUACCCAAUGUUCCCCACUGAGAAUAGCUGAUUAUGAUGCCAAUAACUGCCUUUUGUUUCCUUUUCUCAAAAUCCCCAAGCAAUCAGUUGUUGGAAGUUAACACCAUGUCAGACUUUAGCUGAGAACAGGAUAAGGUUAGCUGUGAUACUCUCGACAAGUUGUAAAAAAAGAGUUCUUGGCAAGUCUCUCGAAUCCCUCCACUUGAAUGGCUCUUACUCUCAGUUGAAUAUGUAUUUGUGUUGCAAAUUCUGCCCUCUCUCUCUGGCUCAAGGUAUGCCAAAUAACUUUUAUAAUUUCAUGAAACAUGUUUGACUCUCCUUCCACCUGGUUUCACGCAUCUAAACCGGACUGAAAGCCGUUAUUCCAUGGGGUAGAGAGGGAGAGCAGCAGAAAGGUUCAAGCUUAAAAUAUGUAAAAAUGAUUUUCUGUCAUUUUAUUGCAACGUUUUUACACCAAAAGACAAUUUUAAUUCUGAUGUUUAUUUUUUCAUUGUAUUUUUUUUUAAAAUAGAGCAAAACACUGUAAAACCCCAAAUAUUUGUGACGUAAUUACUUGAUGAGUUGCACACUGGUCUUUCACAUUAGAAUGGUGAAGCCCUUUGUGAAAGAAAUGGAUAGCUAGACAUGUUAAGGGAUAUUUCCCCAUGCAAUUACUUCUCUGAAUAGCCAGUGCAUAGCAGAAUAAAUUCCAUCUGUCCAAACUAAGGUGCAGCUCUCAAGCUACUGUCUGAAUAUAAUCGAUAAACACUGGUUAAAAAAUUGUUUUUGACAAAUUAACUGCUUUAAGCUAGCCACAAAUAUUUUUGGUUUUGCAGUGAUUGCUGAAAUGAGCAGAUUUCAAGCUCUUUAUCCUCUAGUUCUUGCUUGAACAUAUUCCUCAGAACAAAGGACAAAGCAUAGGCUUUGCAGAGAGAAGGUUGCAUUUGGUGUAAUACAGGAGCAGGAAAAUUAUCUGAAAAAGAAUGCUACAUGGGAAUGGUUUGAUUUGACAUUUUAAAGACUUAAUCAUUUUAGACCAGGGACUUGCAAGUGAAUCAAUUAAUUUAGCGUUAUGGACACCCAAAACGAUUGUAUUUUUAAACUCUUUCCAAUGUAAACAUCAGUAAAAAAAAAAUGUACUUUCCA